UCGGGCAGCUACCGGGGUCUUGUCGUUCCGACAUCGUGCCGUGACGUCAUCAGCGGGCGUCGGCCUAGGCGCAGACACAUGUGCUGCUGUCUUCGUGUGGUGUUCAUCAGAAGUUAUUGAUCUCAUUGAACUGGUUAUCGCGGAUUCUCCAACACAUCAUGGAGUACAUGCAGGCGCCGCCAUCAAGCAGCCAGGGCAACAUCCUCUGCUGUAUGUGUGGCAUUGCUAUUCCUCCGAACCCAGCCAACAUGUGCGUGUCCUGCUUGAGGAGCAAAGUGGACAUCUCCGAGGGAAUCCCCAAGCAGGUCACCGUCCAUUUCUGCAGGCAGUGUGAACGGUACCUGCAGCCUCCGGGGACAUGGCUCCAGUGCGCUCUGGAGUCCAGGGAGCUUCUGGCUCUGUGCCUUAAGAAACUCAAGAGUUCCAUGGCUAAGGUCAGACUCAUCGAUGCUGGCUUCUUAUAUACGGAGCCGCACUCGAAAAGAAUCAAGAUGAAGCUGACCAUCCAGAAAGAGGUCAUGAACGGAGCCAUUCUGCAGCAAGUGUUCGUGGUGGAGUUUGUCAUUCAGCCUCAGAUGUGUGAGGACUGUCAUCGAGUGGAGGCCAAAGACUUCUGGAAAGCAGUCGUGCAAGUCAGACAGAAGACUGUCCACAAAAAGACCUUUUACUACUUGGAGCAGCUGAUUUUGAAGCACAAGCUGCAUCAGAGCACAGUGCGCAUCAAAGAGAUCCAUGAGGGCAUUGAUUUCUACUACGCCUCUAAGCAGCACGCUCAGAAGAUGGUGGAUUUCUUGCAGUGCACCGUUCCCAGCAGGUCGAAGGCGUCUCAGCGGUUGAUCUCUCAUGAUGUUCACACCAAUACCUACAACUACAAAAGCACCUUCUCGGUGGAGAUCGUUCCUGUGUGUAAGGAUAACGUGGUGUGUCUGUCUCCACGGCUCGCCCAGAGUCUGGGGAACAUGGGUCAGGUGUGUGUCUGCAUCCGGGUCACCAGCUCUAUACACCUGAUUGACCCCAACACCCUGCAGAUUGCUGAGGUGGAUGGGAACACUUUCUGGCGUCAGCCGUUCAGCAGUCUGUGUAGCCCGCGUCAGCUGGAGGAGUUCAUCGUCAUGGACAUCGACGUCAUCAGAGAUCAGAGGUUAGGAGCCGGCGCCGGUCUCAAAUCCAAUAAGCACACGUUGGCUGAGGUUUGGGUUCAGAAGACGUCAGAGAUGGACUCCAGUCAUCAGUAUCACUGCAGAACGUUCCUGGGUCACCUGCUGAACAUCGGAGAUCUGGUGCUGGGUUUUGAUUUUGCCAAUGCCAAUAUCAAUGAUGAGUUCCUCAAUAAGAUGAACCCUCACCAUGUUCCUGAUGUGGUGCUGAUCAAGAAGAGUUAUGACCGCAUGAAGAGGAUGAAGAGCCGAGUGUGGAAGCUGAGGGAGCUGGACCGAGAGAGAGACGCUACAGACACCGAUGAUGAGAGACAAUACAAUGAAUUCCUGGAGGACCUGGAGGAAGAUGAGAUGCUGAGGAAGAACGUCAACAUCUUCAGAGAUGCUUCGAAGGUCCCUGUGGAGAGCGAGACGGAUGACGACGGCGCUCCCAGGAUCUCUCUGGCGGAGAUGAUGGAGGAUCUGAGUCUGAGUGAUGCCACCGGUGGAGCAGGAGCUGAUAUGAUGACCGAUUAAUGAACAUCACCACAGAUCAGAGCAGGUGUCAGGCGCUUGUGAGGGAUAGAACUAACCAGACACACGCCAUUCAUUCUCAUGUGUCCUAAUACGCCGGUGCAGUGAUGCAGUACUAUAAUAAAUCAAGUAUUUAAACCCUGUCACUAUUUUGACCCAAAAAUGAAAAUGUUGUCAUUUACUCAUCCUCAUAUCUUAAGAAAACCUUAUGUCUUCCUUUAUUCUGCUGAACAGAAAAUAAGAUUGUUUAAAGAUCAUCCAUUUGGGUGAAUUCAGUACAAUGGCAGUACAUUUGAAUUAUGUACAUUUAGGAUACAUUUCAGUGCAGACUUAAGGCUCAUGCAUUCAUUUGGAAGCGUGGUUUUUUUGGUCACCUUCUGGAACAAGGACAGAAUGGAUCUCAUCAUAUACAGAUUCGCUGGUCUGCUUCAGAAGUUGACACAUUGAUUUCAUACAGGAUUGGGUCAAAUCUGGACAGAUGUGGUCUGCAGUUCUUCUGCUUCUCGGUAGGGUUUAAAGGACACCCACUGGUCCAAUAACAGUCCCAAUGGUGUGGUUUUAAAGGUUUCUAGAAUAUUUUGCUUUUUCUGUGUGAAACAGUGAACAAUACUUCUAUAAUAAUUUAAAUUUAACUUUUGUUUUGACGUGUUUUGAUUCACCAUUGACUAGUAUGUCAUCAACAAUGGCUGCUGCACCUUUAAUCCUCUCACGUCUUUCUCUGAAACUAGUCUCGAUCCAAAAUUAGUUCAAAAAGCAGGCAAAACUAUUUAAUUCCUUCAGCAUUGGUAUCGAAUGUACUCUAUUUUCAUGAGUUUCAUUACCCAUUUAGGGAAUGUCAGAAAUGUAUUUUUCCCCACUGGUCAAAUUUAAACUCCUGUAGUGAUGUUAAUAUUUAACCCAAAAUAAAAAAAAAAAAUACAAAAAUGUUUAAUAGUGAGUCAGUGCAUCAGAACUUGGUUGGUUUAAUGCUUUGUUUUAAUAUCAUAACUCAUGUGUGAAGGCUAUGUCAGCCUUGCCUUUAACAGUUAAAAUAGAUUACAGGUUACAGUUUUUCUUUUAUUUUGCUUAUUUUAGUGCCAAUAUACCAACACAAUAUCACUAGAAAAUGACACAUUUCUUUAAAAAUUAAUGAAGAAUCAGUUGCAGAACCACACGUGAAACCUUGUAAUGCCUGUAACAGGACAGCAGUUUAGAAGUUAUAAGUUAUAUAUAUAAGUUUUAUAUAUAUAUAAACACACAUACAUGUAUAAUUAGGGAUGACCAUAAUUGAAAUUUAAUGGUUAAGUGAUUUUUACAGUUAUUUUUUCAAGCUAUUUUUUAAAUGUUUGCAUGUACUUUAUCAUAUCAGUCAAAAUUGCAUUGAGAGAAAAAAUUCUAAACUAUAAAGGGCUAACUUGUGUUUGUGUACACUCAAUAAAUACAAAAUACUGUGCUUUUGAAAAAUAAAAAAGCGCUUUCAGCUA